AUGCUCACCCGACGACUUGUGUUCCAUGCCAGGCCUUGGGUGGCGUUGGGAAGGGCAUACCAUGCCACCUCCCCGUCCAAGCUGACGGCUCAGCAGAUGCAGCUGGUGAAAGCGACGAUCCCAGCGUUGGAAAGUCACGGCGUGGCAAUCACGACACUGUUCUACGAGCGGCUCCUCGAGAAACACCCAGAGCUCCGCAACAUCUUCAACACGGCCCACCAGGCCACGGGGGAACAGCCGGCGGCUCUGGCACAUGCGGUAUGGGCGUAUGCGACGAACAUCGAGAAUCCCGAAGCGCUGAAGACGGCCAUCUCCCGGAUAGGCCACAAGCAUGCGAGCCUGGGGGUGACCGCGGAGCAGUAUGGUGUCGUGGGGCAGGAACUGCUGGCGGCGAUCAAGGAGGUGCUCGGAGAAGCGGUCGACAAACCGCUUGUAGAAGCGUGGGCGGCCGCAUACCAACAGCUAGCCGACUACUUCAUCUCAUUUGAGAGCGAGCUGUACCGACAGGCGCUGGAGACGCCCGGCGGGUGGCGCGGCUGGCGCAAGUUCUUCAUCGCAAGAAAGCAGCAGGAGAGCGAGGAGAUCAUCUCGUUCUACCUGGUGCCUCUUGACGGCGAGCUGCUUCCAACCUACCAGCCCGGCCAGUUUGUGAGUGUGCGGUGCUUUGUGCCCGAGCUGGGCGUCUACCAACCACGCCAGUACAGUCUGUCGGACGUGCCGAACCGGAAACACUUCCAGAUCUCGGUGAAGAAGGAGUUUGCCUCGUCCGCGAAACCGGCGGGCCGCAUCUCCAACGUGCUGCAUGACGCUCUCCCAGACGGGUUCGAGGUGGACGUCAGCAUGCCCUUUGGCGACUUUGUCCUCGACACCAACGCCACCACGCCCGCGGUGCUGAUCAGCGGCGGCGUCGGCUUAACCCCCAUGAUGGCCAUGUUGAAAACAAUCGUCUCCCUGGGUAAACAGCGCCGGGUGGUUUUCGUCCAUGCGGUCCGCAACGGCCGCGUGCACGCCAUGAAGGACACGCUCGCCCAUAUCGUCGCCGAGAAUCCCCAGGUCGGCCGGGCGGUCUUCUACGAAGAGGUCUCCGCGCAGGAUCGACAGGGGGUCGACUACGAUUUCCAGGGACGCGUGGAUCUCUCGAAACUUGACGGCCGCGCCCUCCUCCCCCACGCAGACUACUAUAUCUGUGGGCCGGCGCCUUUUAUGAACGCCCAGAGCCAAAGUCUACAGGGGAUGGGCGUGCUUCCGGACCGUAUCCAUAUGGAGGUGUUUGGGUCUCCUCGGGGAUAA